UCUCUCUCUCUCUGCCUGUCUGUGUCUCUGAACUAUGGCUGACGUUAAUCAAUCCAAAGCCCAUCUGAUCUUCACGUACGGCACGCUCAAGCGAGGCUUUCCCAACCACACCCUCAUGGAGUCCCUGAUUCACCGGAACGACGCCGUAUUCCUCGGCCCCUACGUCACCUGCAUCUCCUACCCGCUCGUCGUCGGGCCCCACGGCAUCCCCUUCCUCAUCAACCUCCCCGGGUCGGGCAACCGUGUCACGGGCGAACUCUACUCCGUCUCGGUCCGCGGACUCUAUCAGGUUGACGACCUCGAGGGCACCAGCCUCGGCCACUACGAGCGGCUGCCCGUUAAGCUGAUUCCCUGCGAAAGCACCAACUCCGAUGCAGGUGGCGUGAUUCAGGUGGAGGCCGAGGCGUACUACGCACACCGGAGCUUCGGGGAGGGUUUGUGGGAGAGGAAGGGGAAAGAGGGGUUGAGUGCGUACACAGAGAAAGAGGCGAGUGGGUACGUCAGAAGAGAGGAUAGGCCCAAAGAUAGGAGCUUUCGCGAUGAGGUGCAUUUCUUUGUGUCUGCUGCGAGAAAUUGAUCGAUCGGAGGAGAAAAUUCAUGCAACUCUCAAGGUUAUUUUACCUAUUAUUUUUUUUUUUGAACUCUCGAUUAUGUUUUAUGUUUGCAUCUUCUGCAGUGUUUACUCUUCAUUUUUUAAGACCAUGUUAACUGCUAAUAUCGUGAUGGUGUUGUGCAUGUUGAAGGCCAAAAAUAAAAGUCACCACUUUUGUAUGCAAUCAUGUUAAAGCAAAGUUAUUUGAGACAAUUAAAACGUUUUUGAGUUUACAGCCGGCUUCUCUUGUAUUACAUAAAAGCAUUUGUCCGAGGGGAUGCAGAAAGAACAAAGUUGUGUUCCACAAACAGCUGCAUGGAUUUAUGUACAAAUUUUGGGACUAAUCAAGAAAAUGAUUACAAUGUUCUGAAAUAAACGAGUUUAAGGGAGUUAGUGAGAUCUCACCACUAAAGCAGGUGCAGGAUAAUCUCCAUAGAAUUUGUUAUGGGACACAAAUUGGAGGUUGCUAACAAGGUUUAGUGCUCCUUUAUUAUAUUUCUAUUUGCUUUUGUGCUCCAAGGGAACCAUACAAACCAGUUUUACAUAAUGUAUCGAUUAUAAUU